AGUUUAGUCAAUCUUCACUAAUUUUUUUUUUCAAAAAUCACUUUACUAUUAUAAAAAAAAAAACCCUUUUUCUUCAAUUUGCAUGGGUGUUUUAUUGAAAAAACUUCAAAACAAUUGAAUUUCAAUGUGUUUUCAAAACAGUUCACUUUCCACGCAUUAUUUCGUGAUCAUGCCUUACUUUCAAACAUACAAAAAAGGAAUAUUUUUUACAUUUAUUUUUAUUUUCAUGCAGUAAAAAAAUGCUUUAAGGUGUACAGGGUGAUUCAGAAUAAUUGUCACCGAUUUCACAAAUAUUCAAUUCUCAAUGGGUAAAAUGGGUAUAUGUUCAAGUAUUUUUGUUUUAAAUGUGUACAAAUAUCAGCUUGUAUUGAUAGUAGGCUUUGAAAUUUCAUUCGUUUGUGAUUUCAAGCAGCCAUUGACGUCAUAAUGAAGCAUAGCAUAAAUCUGUAAAAAAAUCGUGUGUUAUCUUUAAGAAACUGAAAUCUCUUCGAAAGAAUGUAACAUUUAUUUUUGCAUCAUUAUAGAGGUACAAAGGAACCAUGCUUGGAAAAUCCGUUCAAUGUCAGAGCCUGAACGCAUCACCAGGACUCAAAAAGUGCUGGAACUAAAGCGUGCGUGCCAGCUGUGGUUAAUUUUCAUGACAAAUGUGGCAGAUUUCCAAUCAAAGAUGUACAUUUGGCGCUCUGUAAUUUUGCAAGCAUGUUUAUUGAUAACUUGUCACAUUCCCCAGUACCAGUGCUCUAUGCGGAUUGUCACACCAGCACGUAUACUGGCAGCUCAAACAGGUGCAGCACAAUUUCAGGAAUAUGUAGUUGACAAAAACGUUGGCAGAAGUGAACCAAGCAAGAGGUUACAAAAACGACUUAUUACGGACAAUGCAGAUGACGACAUCGAGAACUACCAAGGUGUGGUCGGACGUCCUGGGAUUGAUUUCCCGGUGUUAACAGGAAUACCCAACACGAAAUUCAAUUGUCAACAGUAUGGAAAUGGAUAUUUUGCAGAUUUGGAUACAAAAUGCCAGGUGUUUCACAUUUGUGACGUAGGCAAGAAAAUAUCAUUUUUGUGUCCAAAUGGUACCAUUUUCAGACAGUUGGAUUUGAUUUGCGACUGGUGGUUCAAAGUGGAUUGUUCAGCUGCUCCAAACCACUAUGCGGAAAGUUCAGAAAUGCUUAACCAAGCACAGCGAGCAAGAAUUCAAAGUAAACAUCCGAUUCAUCAACCUAUUAAGUCUGCCGAACAGUUUUCACUAAACACAAAAAGAAAGCAUGCACUUCUGAACGGGCCAUUAGAACCGAAUCUAGAAGCAUUGGCAUUGAACAGGCGUAUGGACACAAGCUUGGAAGAAUCUGACGAAAGUAUUGACUUGGAAGAUAUUUCAUUGAAACGAAACAAUAUUCGCAGAAGCAACACAGUUUCAAAAGUUGAAAAAGACAGUUCUGAAGAAACACAAACUGCAGAUGAGACGGCCUCAUUCCUCCGCGGUGGAAAAACACUGAACGGAUACAGCUAUCCAACGCCUGAAAAAAAAUUCGCAGCAACUAAUUCAAAGUCAGAUAGCUAUAAUUAUGACAAACCAGUAAAAAAUAUAAUUAAAAAUAACAUGAAUGUUAUGCCGUCAGACCGGUCGGCAAAAGUUUUGGAAAAUAAUGGCGACAAACAGUUUGGGUCUAAAAAUUCAUUCAAUUUCGAUGCCAAGCUAUUCAUUACGCAACCAUCGAUAGCUACGACUCCGGUUACGUCUACUACUACAAAACGGCAAAUAUUAAGAACAACUACUAUUUCCUCGGUAAGUCGAGGAAGCACUACACAUCAAACAAGUACCUUGAAUCAAAAGUCGGAUAGCAAAUUGUUGACUCCAUUCAAUAGCUCAAAUGUUUUGACACAACCAAGUUUAAACUCUUUUGUCUAUACAACUGCGAGAAAACCUAGCACUAACGCGAAGGAUAAACCGUUUUACACUCCAACAAUUCCAACUGUAACUAACAAAGCAACAUCGGAAACUCUACAAGCUAUUCCAACAUCAGCGACGGUUUCAGGAGCAGCCAAGCACGCGAUGGAAAUGAUGAAGACAUUACAGGAACUUGAAAUAUCUGAAACGAUGCUAGUAAACCGUCCUGGCGUUGAAGUGCCACCGUCCUCGGGACCAAAUGCACUGCACUCAUUGGCUCUUUAUUUUGCCAAUGAUUUAAGUUUAAAUGCCACAACAACAAUAAGUCCUGUCGAAAUACGGCUGAGCACAGAAAAUGUGACGAUUGAAGAAAAACGACCACCUGUAAGCGCUACUUUGUUGAGUCAAAGGACAAUCGAUAGAUAUCAACAACUUUUCAAUAUAAAAACUCCAAGUACCACAACUGAAAGCCUAGAAUUCGAAACUCGCUUCUCUGACGACUCUAGUAACGAUUUGGAAGGGCAGUAUUCAAGACAUCCUGUUUUUGGUGUAUCUGGUUCACCACAAAUUCGUGAGCUGGCGCAAGUAUUUACUCAUGCGUUAUCAGCUUACUUACAAGACCCAAAUACUUUCCGUCGGAUUUUAUCAGAAAUAAGACCAAAAGCACCUCAUCAGUUAAUAGUAUCCAAUCAUAUCGAUCAGAUCGAAAAUGCCAAAAACGAAGAUAUAUCUACAGAAGAGACAUCAUAUUUCUUACCUUUUAAUCAAAUAACUCCAGCUCCUCGGGCGGCUUUAAUUGAUGAUUUAGAAGUGCUAGAUUUCUCAGAUGUCACAUUACCAACUACAGUUAAGCGUGAAACUACCAUUGGGAACGCAGAAACAACUACUGAAAUAUCCUGGACAACAAUAAUUAAUCCAUUGAAAGAAAUUGCUAAGUCUAACGAUGAUGUGAAAAAAACACCUGCUUCCAACCUGAUUACUGAAGAGCUAGAAAAAACUGCAGCUGUUUAUAGAGAAAAGCAGGUCAAAGGUAUCCAAACUUCAGACGAUAUACCAAAAAAUGAGCUAGCAGAUGAAGUCAACGAGGAAUUAGGAACAUUGAAACCCUCAGCUUUUAGAACAGUUGAAAGUCUUGAGGAUUUUGAUGAAAACAUUGGAAAUUCAAGCUAUGUCGCACCGCAUCAAGAAUUUUAUUCAGCACCGACAAUCACACCCUAUGGAACAAAAACAGCUCCCCAUCACCGGAGAGAAGAACUGACGACUUCAAACUCAGGCUCUGCUCAUACCGUAUAUUUUGAUUUGCUACCACCACAGCAUGGCAAAUUCAUUUCACCUCAUAAAGGCGCUAGAAACGUGUUCCUGCCAGCAGAUCAAGACGAAAUAUUAGAAGAUGAUGAACAACUGCAAAGAGCUCAAAGUCAGUCCAUUAUUUCUAGCCGCAACUCUUUUGAAGGCAAAAACAAAAGAAAAACUAUGUAUAGCUUGCUUAAAACGGACAAAGCUUUACAACAAAGUGGUAAAGUAAUAGCAGAUAUUCCCAUUACAACGACGAUGCCAACUUCGGUCAAGGGUCAUUACAUAACAAAACAGCUUAAGGGUGAGAACUCUGAAGACGCUACCGUCCCAGUAAAUAUCGCUCCACCACUUAUUUCAGGUACAGGUAAAAUAACCCCAAAUGCAAAGACCACACUUUCUUACACUGUGUUCCUUGACCCUUUAACUAUCAACGACGGUUUAAUGGAUUUAGAAAAAGAUGCAGUACAAGAUAAAACUAUCACUAACAAUGCUCACACGUACCUACCCAGCAGUCAGAUAAAAACAACCACUUCUUAUGUAGCUUCCACAACACCUGCUACAUCGCGAUGGUAUUCGACAGUACCAUCAAAAGCUUCUCGACGUGGAAAAAGCAACAGCCAACUGAGUGCAGAUGAAUCAAAUGAAAACGAGUUAAUGGAAACGAUGCAAAAAAAAGCCAAUCAAAUGUUUGGCGAUUUGGAUGAAUCUGAAGCAGAUCAUUUGAUGAAUGUUAUGAAAACUGCAGACACAAACAAAUCAGUACGAAGGUUGAUUUUGUUACUCAUUCAAACAUGUGAUGAUGACUACAACAAAACGGUUGAAGAUUCUAGGAAAGCACUUCUCAGUGCGUUGAUCAGUAUGGACCGCCAAGAAGGUGAUAGCAGUGAAAUUCAUGUAGUUAAAUCUAAAUUUAGCAGAACGGAAAAAGGCUUGAACAAAUCUACUACCACUGUUUCAACACCCGUCACCUUAUAUAGAAGUACGCAGUUUGAAAGACUAACUGGUACUACCACUUAUCUGGAUCUAAAAAAUAGGAGUGAAUCCAAUACUAGUGAAACUACAACAACAAGCUACGAUGAGUUGAAAUCUACAAAUUUAGAUUUGUUAACCGAAUCAUCAACCACAUUGUAUAGUGAUACUCAUCUGACCGAUGAUAUUGAAUCUAAUACGAUAGCGAUUAACUUGUUUCCAGAGCAGUACGCUACAACAAAUAUCCCAACAACAACGAUUGAUUACGAUACUACAACUAACGUUUUCACUACAACCGAACUUCCUACAACAGCGAUAAGCUCUACUAUCAUCAACAUGAGCCGACCAUCUUUUGAACCAACAAUUGAAAACAAAAAUGCUUACUUGAGGGCAGCCGAAAACAGCAGUAAUCUAGCACAGAAGAGCUUAGGCAAUGCAGGAGGUUAUGUGGCCGUAUCCGUUCGGAAUAAUUCCAACCAACACUCAGACACUAGGGCGUUAGAACUACUUAGAUCACUGUAUUCAUUGGCAUCUCGAUGGGGCUAAAUAAUGAUAAUUUGCAAUGAAUAAUUUAAAAUAUUUGUAAGUUUGGAGCAUGCAUACUGCCUUUUUUUAUAAAUCAAAACUGUACAAAGGGAUGAAUUGUAUGACUUUAAUUCGGGGUAAGGUUAUCCCGAACGUUUGACCUCUUCCGAUUUUGACCAAAUUUGGAAGAUGUUUAUUUUGGUCGAACUUUUAUUAUCCAAAUUUUUGUGCCGAUCGAAGCACCCCUCCAAGGGAGCAUUUUCUAUUUCUCGUAAUUUUCAAUUAAGCACUACUUUCUUUUAACAAAACCUUCGAAACAAAAAAAAAUACAAUUCACAUUUUGGAGUGUUUUUAUGAGAAAAUUUGACAAGAAAUUUAAAUAUUAAUUUACAUUGUUUGUAGAGUGUUGCCAAAUAUUUUAUAAUUUUGUCUAAAAACUUAAAAUAGAAAUUUCUCAGAAUCAGUAUAUUUAGAUUUCUAUUAUGACAGCACCCCAUCAUUUUUACAUAAGAAUCACUUAUCAGCAAAACAAAAUUGCGCAUUUCCUGAGAUACAGCAUUUUGAAGCAAUGUGCUCCAUCAGUUUCAAAUAAUUCUUUAGCUGCUGUUUCGAAGUACCUUGUGGUGUUAAAUUCAUCCAUUAUUUUUGUAUUGUCCAUGAUUUGGGCAACACAGUUAAAAUCUGUAGUUUUUCACUCCUUGUGGUAUCUUGUCUGCCAAAUUUUUCUUUCAAUUAAAGAAUUAUUUCUUCAAAAUCCUGUGCAGGGUGCCUUCCAUUCAUUUUGACUAAAAAAAUGUUUUAUGAAAUUAUAGAAUAAUAGGAUAUUAUGAUGACAUUUUGUAUGUGUAAGUAAUAAGAAAAGAUUGUAAAGUUUGUGUUUCACACAUCAAACCUGCAAAUUUAGCUUUGACAGAGUCACAAUGAACGUUUUUCUGAUCGCCUCUUCGCGAAGAGUGAAGAGCGAAGAGUGGGUGAGAUAAAUUACAAAAUCGCUUAUUGCGACUCUCAUGUAGCAAAAUUGGCAGGUAUUAUGUGUCAAACACAAACUUAACAAUCUUUUCUGGUUGUUUACGUAAUCAAAAUAUUUUCAAAAUGUCUUAUUAUUCCAUAAUUUCUUAAAACAUUUUUUUAGUCAAAAUGAAUGGAAGGCACCCUGAUCCUGUGUUGCACUUGUUUGGUCCUCCUGGGGUCCUAGUUGGAAAAGAUGCUUCCUCACUUCUUGGUUGAUUUCCUAAAUUUUAUAUUCAGGAUAGUAAACGUUGUUUGACUUCUUUGCAUCAAUCGGUGAAACUUGAAUCCCAGCAAUUCCCCGGUUGAAUAUUUCGAUGUUAACAGAUUGUGAAAAUCUAUCAUCAGUUGUUGUAGUUGUGGCCACUGAUAUUGUUGAUGGUAUCGUUGACAGCUGGGUACUUCAGGCAAAACCCUUCCGACAACAGUUUCCGAGUUUUCAGCGAUGAUUUGUUUUUCACCAACUUCUCGACGGCAAGAUCCGUAGAUGCGUAAAUUGGAAUUCAUUGUAUCUCCGGAAUAUCCAAUCGUGUUCAAGUUCUGUUUGGUAUUUUCUGAAAGAAUUCGCAGAUCCUUUUUUAUACACCUUACAUCAUCAUUUUUUAUAUGUUGAAUACAUUGAGUCGGUUAUCCAUAUCUUUGUACUGGUGAACGCUGAAAAAAAAACGUAAAAAUAUAAAUUUAUUUAUUUUUUUAUACAUUUAACUUAUGUUCGAAUGAAUAAAAAGCUUACCUUAACAGAAACGAAACUUUGUAUAACAGCACUGAAUCAUCGUCUUUCAAACUAUUUCUAUUUUCCACAGAUAACCACUUAGACUGCUUACUUUUAGUGACUGAUGAAGAUAUGCUUGAGUAGCUCUUUAAAUAUCAGUUAUAUUCUUACCAAGUGGCUAGGUAUCAAUGAAGAAUUAGAUGGUACCUAGGUAAGUAUGCAAUUAGGUACCAGACAUUCAGUGGCUUGAUUUUCAACGCUUGUUGUUUUGAGACUUGUGCGUCUGAUUGAAAAACUGUGACCUGCAAAGUUUAAGGAAAUGGAAUUGGCUUUUCGUUAAAAAUAUUUUCAAGGUAAAACACUCACGAACAACAUCUCAAAAGUGUGAAAAUUGCUCAAAUAAUGCGAUAAGUGAAUUUUAACCUACGCGUAUCUCGAAAAUAACAACUUUGGGCAAUUUAAGCAUUGUGAGCUUUUUUGUUGUAAAUUUAAUGUGUUUAAUAAUAACACCAUUUCAAAGAUAUUCGAUAACUAUAAGUAGUAUUUUGGAAAAUAGUACUUUUUUUUCAAUAAUUCAUAACUUUUUUGUUUAUGAGUUGCCAAGCAAGCGCACAUUGUUAAUAAGUAGCACUUUAUCUAAACUACAAUAUAAAUAAAAAAUAAAAAAUAAUAUGCCAUUUGAGUAAUUUGAAUUUUUUUAAUAAUUUUUAUUUUUUUUGUUAAUAACUAAAUAAUUUUUUACAAUGUAUAUUUUUUCUUGAAAGGCACAAUACUUGUCCGCAACUUCGCGCAAGACACCAUCUCGAUCAAACAAAUUGUUCGCGAGAUAUAUUUUUUUUUCUAUUGAUGCGUAUCAUUUUUGCAUAAGCCCUUUUCAAGUGUUAGUCGUGUGCAAAACUAGGGAACCAUAUAUGCAAAAUGACAUCUUGGACAGUAAUAAACAACUGUGUAAAAUAACAAAUAAGUCUAUAAACACCGAUCCGAAACGAUUUGCGAAUCUGUGUGGAACUCGGUGUGGAACUACUCUAGACGAUCACCGCAGUGACGUCAUUAAUCCCGAUCGUUAUCGCUACCUACCAAUCUGUUAUAGCUUCCUUGGUAGUGUCCGUAUGAGAGGAGAGAUGGUUCGAUUCUACGUGGCAAGAAUUUGGGAGAGUUUCUGAACAAACGACUGUGGCGUAGCUAGGGUAGGGUGAGGUUACUCCCGAACAUACUCACCCACCCUGAAAUGUCCUACAUUUCUGAAGAAUUCUUCCUUGGAUUCUCGAUCAUUGUAGUAUUCGCCUUCCUCAUCCUUGGUCCAACGUGCUGUCCUUGAAUUGGUAUAUUUCUGUGACUGGCAUAACUUACCCACCGUGAAGACCUGCGUCUGCCGCUGAUGACGCUAUCGCACCGCUCUCCGUUCUCCGUUUUCGGUUCAUGAUUUCGGUAUUAGAUCGAUGUUAUUUGGCUAUCUUGCAGCUUCUGCGCUCCUGUUCCCUGCAUAUCAGUUCUUGGAUGCUUAAUGCCCUUGUGACCGAUUCCUGUCUCGGUAGCUCACGCCUUGCCGAUGUUCCUUGAUUGGAUAAUCCUUCCGGUGUUCACCAAUUAUGUUUGCUUUAUUUGGAUGACCUUUGGUACCGCUAACCGUGAAUCCGUGGGAUGGAACUCGCUCUGCUCAGGGGCCUCAUAGCCUAGUCAGUAAAGGCACGGUAUUACCAAGCCGGAGGUGGCGGGUUCGAUUCCCGGUCCGGUCGAGGGAAUCUUUCGGGUUGGAAAUUUUCUCGACUUCCCUGGGCAUAGAGUAUCAUUGUGCUUGCCACACAAUAUACAAAUUCAUGCAUUGGUAAUGAUUGGCAUCGAAAGCUCUCAAUUAAUAACUGUGGAAGUGCAUUUAGAACACUAAGUUGAGAGCACGCAAUAAGCUAAUAUGCGCUAAGCAAUAAGCUUGAAAUGCGAAAAAGAAGAAAAAGAACUCGCUCUGCACAUGUAUUGUAUUCCUUUCCUUGGUUGACCUGACUCCUCGGUUGCCCGGAUGAUCCUUCCGUGGUUCGCCCAUUUUGCGUCCAUUGGAUGGCCUUCGGUUCCGCUAUUCUCAAAUGGCUCGCAGAAUACGUCUUGCGGAUGUCCUCAGGUUGGGUGAAUAGUCCAUGUCCGUGUCCAUGUGUGGGAAAAUAAUAUAUGUAAUAUCUGGAAAUGUCGCUUCGGCUGGUACAUACACACUAACUUUAGAUUACUGGAGUCAGUAAAAUUUUACUGGGUUUUUGAAUUGCGGAUCGCCUAGUAAUCAUCACAGCCAGCGUUGCCAGUAUUCCAGAUUUAUCUGGAUUUUCCAGAUUUUUAGUCGUCCUGCCAGAUACACAGACAGACCCGAGGGGGGCGACACAUCUAAAUCUCAAUUCUAGAUGCUCAAAAAUCUCACACUAGCUAAUCAAUCUUCGAAAAAUCAUCUUUCAUUUCUCGCAUCUACUUGCAUCGUGCUUCAUCUUUUUGCAGGAAAUCUUCAAAAUCGACAUAAAUCUUCCUUUUAUCUACUCAGCGUGCGUGCAGCUAGCCACAGCAAAAUACAAUCUUUUCUGCAGCGUAGAUAGAGUCGCCCCCCUCGGACAGACCACGUAUAUUUCCAGAUUUUUUAAAUAUGUUCCAGAUUUUCCCAGAUUUUUUAAACAAGUUGCUUUAAAAAAUAUCGCUGCAAUUGAUUUACCCUCUAAUAAAAACCAAAUGAAAAAGCCAAACUUGCUACUUCAAUUAUUAAAGGCCGUCAACGUUGGUCAUUAUUGGAAUUUUAAGGUAAUUCUGAAAAUAGUUCACAGUUAAGUGUGAGAAUUUCAAGCUACUUCUGAGUAGAAUUACAUCCAUCUUUGUGGGCUUCGGGGUCGUGCAGCGUCACCCAUCAUUUAGGCGUAUUGUGAGUGCCACGAAGUGAAGGUUUCAUUCCCGCUCCAGCCGGUGCAAAUUUUGGCAACCUGAAAAUUUUCCUACUGUUCUAAUGGGUGUGGUGUGUUGUCCGUUGUCUGGUUUUAAAUAUUCAGUCUGUGCAACCUCUGGUUGAAGACGGUGUCAAUUGUCUUGUCAACUCUGAUGACAAUUGCAUCGAGAUUGUGUCAAUAAAGAAAAUACAAUCCGGAAGAGAAAUCAUAGAAAAUUCUUAUGAUGAAACUUAAGAAGUAUGCUGAUUCGAAUCGUGAGAAUAAAUUCAAUGGAACUCUGCCCAAUGUUUCUAUGGAGAUUUUUUUUUUUUAAUUUUAAGCGCUAUUUCUGGGAGACUUUCAAAACCUUUGGCAAAGUACUUGAGUACUUAGGUAAUACUGAAAAUGAUUUCAAACCAACCUUACCUACGAAGCAGUUUAAAGAGAAUUAUCGGAUAAGUAUGAGAAGAGUGUGACGGUCAUUCUGAAGAGUGUACCAAGGAAAUUGUUAAACAUAUUUUAAGAAUUUCAUAGAGAAAAAUGGACACAAAAUUAAGCCAACUCUUGGGAAUUCAUACCAAUAUGAGGGAGUUGUGGAAUUGGAGAGUGAUUUAUAAGAGAUUUCAAAAGGUAAUGCUAUGAACUCUUAUGUUACUGGAAAAGUUAAGAUAUUUUCAAGAUUUUUCAGGGGAAAAUAGAGAAGAAAUAUGAUGGAAUUCUAGAAUGAUUCAAAUUGAACUAAAAAAAGCCGAAGAUAUCCUGUGAAGAAUUCUAAGUAAAUUCAGAUUAACAAUAAAAUCCAUGAUAUGGGACACAGGAAAAUAUUAAUUCUGGAAUUUAGAAUCAUUACAAGAUCCUGAGACUUCAAAAAUGAAACUAUCGGACUUUCAUUUUAGUAAUAUAAUAAAAUUAUUCUUUGGCAUAAUGGUCAUGCGAAUAGUGGAGUUACCCGUAGUUUAGGUAAACUGUGUGUGAGUUCCACAAUGUUAGGCUUUGAUUCCCACUUCAGCCCGGUAAAAUUUGCUUCAUAAUAAAAUUGCCUACUGGUCUGCUGGGUGUUGUGUGUUGUAUGAUGUCAAGAAUUAAACGGUAAAUCUGAUCAACCUCAGAGUAAUAUUAUAAUUAUUUAGAACUAAUAAAAUCUUUAAAUUCUGGUACUGCAUCAAAUAGUAAGGACUACAUCGACUAUUAGUUAAAAAAAAUCCAUCCCAUCAAAUGUCCAUUCAAAGUUACAGUAAAAAAAACAAUUCUAACCAUAUUUUCUGCUGUUUUUUUACCUACAUCUAACUAAAUUUUUGAAAUGCUGCGUGAUGAAUAUUUGAACUUUUUGGGCACACCGUGUCAAUACUUUUCAGCUUUUGAAUGAUUUUAGCAAUGCUUAUAAGUUAUUAGCGUUAUAUAAUUUAUUUAAACAUGUAAUAUACAACCAUUCUAGUACUUUAAAUAAAUAACAGAUGAUCAUACUGACCUAUUUUUACGGGAGAUUGGCACAUCACAUGCACAUUUCAAUAGCAUUAUGUGAAAAAGAUGAUUUUUUUGAGCAUUCCAGAUUUUUCCAGAUUUUAUAUUUUACCAGAUCCAGAUUUUUUUUUGAAAAUGACCUGGCAACGCUGAUCACAGCAAAACAAAUCAUUGCCGAACUGUCCGUAAAAGUCAAUGUGUCAAAAAACUGUAUAUCCAGUAAUUUAUGCGAGUUGCCUUCGGCAAUAUUAACUGGAAAGCCCAGUAAAUGUGAUCGUUAUUUUGUCACAAUUAAACUGGCAAGUCAGUUAUUUUGUGCAUGCUUGUACCGGGUAACCCAGUUAUAUUAAAAGCUUAAUUAAAAUAAACAUUGCAUUCUAAUAAUAAUUGAACGCACAUGAAACUCAUUUAUUUCAAUUUUUGUUUGCAAAUUUUGCAUUACUUUUUCUCAUAUAUUUACACGGCGAAUGAGAACGACUCAAAUUUGAGUUUAGUUCACUCAUAAUCGCCAAAAGUGCAGGAACUCAGCGAUGAGUUAAUUUGCCUCAUGUUUUUCCAGGUUUUUCCAGGGAAAAAUUCCAGAAUUUGAGAAAAGUAGUUUCCUCAUUUUCCGGCAGAUUUUUUAGGUUUUCCACAGGAAACCAUGAGACAAAUUUUACUCAUCGCUGAGUUCCUGCACUUUUGGCGAUUAUGAGUGAACUAAACUCAAAUUUGAGUCGUUCUCAUUCGCCGUGUAGAAUUGGUAGGGUUGCUGUUAUCCAUAAAAUCAAUGUUAACUACGGAGAAACUCGUAGUUGGUUUCCCGCAACCCGAUAAAAGCUGUUUUAAGGAAUACAAGAAUAAUUAUUGCUUGUCGCUCGGCCGCUCGGUGCAGUCAACAUUGAAAACAGAGACAUUCACAACAUUAUGGAAACAUUCCUUUGCCAAGGAACAGUCACGUUCUUCCAGGAGGUAAUUCCAUCGGUGAUGUCUUCUGGAAAUUUUUCACGGACGAAAAAUGUUGGGCUUUUGAUGUUGGUAUUGGAUUGUUCAUCUAAACGAAAAGAAAACAUUUUUUUCACAAACCAUAAGCCAAAUUAUUCAUACUCGUACGUAGUUGGAUCCAUUCUGCUUCCGGAUUUUUCUGGAGCCAAACUGGUGGCGGUUAAAAAAUUGACAGCUUAUAAUUUUACAAUUCUUGGUCGGUAAAAUAAACUGAUCAUUUUGCUUACUGGCCAGUUAAACAAUAAGAACUACUUAGUGCACAGUAUUUAAUUUUACUGACUUUUCGUGAAAUCUCGAAAAAUUAAGAAUUACCAUUUUCUCAGUAAAUUUAUAUUCUGUGUACAGUGUUUUGUAUCUGAACUGAAUUUUCAGUAAAAAUGUCGUUUUACGGUGCAAGCCCAGUAUAAAAAAAUACCGAACAACUAAAUGCUGGAUUAGUGCCCAUUUCCGUUCUAUCGAUCAGAAAAGAUCAAUAAUAUCAAUGAUUUCACCGUGCACAAACCAAUACUAGGUUUGUUCCGAUGCGUUAGUU